AUGUCCUCAAACUUGCGCGAUGUUGAGCUGGGCAGCCGAAUCGGCUUCCCAGCUGUGUCAGGCAAGGCAAACAUCCAUGGCCACUCCCCAGAAGAUAGCGACUUGCCAAAAGCUCCUACAGAGGUUCUCUCUGGACAUUAUGAUUCUUCAGCGAAGAUACUGGUGGUGUCUGGCACUGGAGGCCUGACACAUGCAGCACCCGUAUUGGAGCUGGGCCGCAUAUUGGCCAGGAGAGGCCAUCGAGUCGAAUUCGCAACUCAUCGGGGGCAAGAAAAGUGGGUGAACUCGCCAAACUACUCUUUCAUCUCUCAGACGCACACCAUGGGCGAUCCCAUGACUGCGGAAAAAGAAGCCGCCCACUAUCUCCAUAUGCAACAAACAGACGCCAGACGAGAUUAUCGAGACUAUUUUCUGCCAAAAUUUACCGUCGACGCGUUCUGGGCAUCUGACUACAGGUCGCUGAAAGAGGUGAUUCAAAUUUCGAGACCAGACAUGAUUGUAGCCGAUUUCUUUGUCGACGCCGUGCGAGACAUUCAGCACCAGUUCGGCAUCCCCGUCGCGACUCUUUGGCCCCAGAUGCCAUACGGCAUGGUCGGCGCCCCGUACAUCCCCGGGGUGCCAGGGCUACAAAUCGAUGCCUUAAGCAGCGAGUAUGCAUCACUAUGGGCGCGUAUCCGUGCAGCCUUCCGUCCCCUGCGGACCAUCUCGGCAUUGAUUCCGUACUUUUGGUUCAUGCGUAAUAUGCGACGGGCAGCUGGUGUCACGUACUCGCUUUUCACGAUAAACAAGCCGAACUACCUCGUCUUGGUCAACUCGUUCUGGGGGCUGGAAACACCAAAAGACUUGCCGCCGCUGAUGGCGGCUGUAGGGCCCAUUCUCGCUGACGAGUAUCCUUCUCUGGAUGAAAGCCUGGAGGCCCUCUUCGCGUCACACCAUCGCGUAGUUUUCAUUUCUUUCGGCACUCAUGUUCUGGUGCCUCCUGAGUAUCUACAACGUCUCGUCCUUGCGCUUUCGUCUUUGCUCGAAGAACGCCUCAUCGACGGCAUCAUCUGGGUCGCAAAAGACGCGCAGCGCGCUCUUUUCAACCGAGCUCAUCGUAUUGCUAAAGGCAGCAACGUCUGUUUGGGCGAUCUUCUUGACAACAAGAACCGCGCAUGGCUCUUCGCGAAUUUUGCGCCCCAGCGAGCCAUCUUGGACCGACCUGAAACGGUCCUCUUCAUGACGCAUGGCGGUGGAAGCAGCGUCAACGAAGCCGCAUAUCACGGCACGCCAAUGCUGGUUCUGGGCUUCUUCUUCGACCAGCUUCUCAACGGACUUCGCGUACAGGAGGCAGGCACUGGCAUGUACCUCGACAAAGCGGCUUUCACUGGCGAAGAGGUGCUUCAAAAGGCACGAAUCAUUUUGAGGGAUGAAGGUGGUGUAUUCUCACGUGAUAUAAAACGCAUGAAGCAUAUUGCGCGUGUUUCGUCGAGGAAGAAGGAAUACGGUGCGGAUUUGAUCGAGGAGGUUAUGUUCGAUAACAUGUUCAGCAAGUUCCCAGCGGUCGAGGGUGAUAAACUCAGGAUGGAGAGGCGGAGAAGGCCAAUGCAUCUGCAGACGGCGGACUCUAGAAUGUCGGUAUGGAAAGCAAGGAAUUGGGACUUGACGGUUCUCGGCCUUUUGGUCACGGGGAGCUUCGUGGGAGUUGCCUACAUGGGCUACGUCCGGUUGAUCAAAAGUCAACGAUAG